AUGUCAAUUCAAGGCGAGCCAUCGCCUUCAUGGUCACAAGCCAGAGAUGAGGACAUCCCUUUCUUCAAAUCGCCAAGCCGUAGGGUUCUGGGUGUAAUGUUUGAUACUGGUCCCGAUGAGGAUAGUGAGCAAGUGCAAAGCACAAAGUACCUUAUUCCGCUUCCGAAACUACUCCCGCUCGUUUCGCUGCUGCCGGAGAAAGUAGGCACGACCUAUGUCUGGCCGUACUGGGCAAGCGACACUGUGCUAAACGUCCCCCAACUCAAUCCAUCGACUAUCUGGUGUUAUUGGAUCCAUGGCACAAAGGUCCUGCACUCUUUCGUGCAACGAAAGGUAGUGCGGUCCACUAUCAAACGGUUCUUCUGGGCGGACGUUCUGGAUCUUAACCCGAUAUGCUUGAAGAGAGAGUGGGCAAGACGUGGGACCAUCGGAGGGAAUGGCAGCCACGCGGAACAAUUCACACAAUACAAGGCCAUAGCAAUUCCGCCCACCAUGGGCGAGAUGAUCGAUGAAGACAAUAUAAUAUUGGUUGAGGAUCAGUUUCUCGUGAAGAUGAUUCUAACCUGCCCAGAGGACCGCGAUGAUAUGGUCUACGAGUUCGACCAGUUACCACGGAUCAGGAUUCGAGGGGUACAGAAACGCCUCGGCAAUAUACGAAUCACACCAGACGCACAAUCCUCCGAAGCCGACAUUGUGAGGGUCGAUCCUGCGGACAGGUUGCCUCCGGAAUUGGUCUUCUCGAUCUUCAUGAUGCUCCUGCCUGGUGACUUCGUGGAACCAGAUCCUACCACUGCACCUUUGUCCGUCGCCCAAGUCUCCCGACAGUGGCGAGAAAUUGCUCUCUCGUGCGGCCAGCUGUGGCGUUCUCUCUCCGUGCUGAUGACGCGUCCCACCUUCGACUAUGCGACCAUGAUGCGCACCUGGCUUGCUCGCGCCGGUGCCUGCGACCUCACUGUCACGUUGUCGUCCGAUUUCGACGUAAGCCUCAACGCGCCGUGUCUUGACGUGCUCGCCUCGUUCUCGCCGAUGAUCCAGUGUCUCCGCGUACUCGCCUCUACCUCCACUAUUGCCGCCCUUGUGGAGAAGAUGGCAGAGCCCCUUCCUCGGUUGAAGAGGGUUGCCCUUCGCUUUACCAGUGUGUACGGCCUCCCCGGUAGUCCUUCGAGCGAAGACAUGGCUAUGAUCGACCUAGCCGCACUAGUUGACCGCGCCCCACGCUGCACCCGCCUGUCGGUCUACACCUGGAACUGGCAUCGCAGUCAGGAGAUCACGCUCUUUCCGCUUGAGCGGCUGACAAGGCUAACUGCUCAGGGAGGCAUCAGCGAGUUCAGCCAUCUCAAGGCCCUUGAAAGUUUCCCCAACCUUACCUCCUGCGAGCUGGUCUUCCACGCACGCCAUGGUGCUGACUUCUCCGACUGGGGAUCGGUUAUUACUCUCCCCGAGCUUCAGAAACUCAAGGUAGAGUUCAAUCACGUAGGCCGUCUUCUUGACCACCUCGUGCUGCCGAAGCUACAUGUACUCGACGUGGGUCCCUGCGCGUUUGAGAGUAUUCCUGGACGCAUCCCCGACUAUCCUGCCAUAACCAAUAUGAUCGAGAGGUCGAAAUGUUCUCUAGAACAGCUUUACUUAGAUCUGGACUGCGUCAAUGCCUCGGACGUUAUGGACACCUUGGGGUUAAGCCCGGCACUCACCAAGCUCUCGAUCAAAUCUGGUCAGUGGGGAUUAUUAGGCCCAGGGCUGUUCGGCGCGCUUACCUGGGACGCGGCUACUACUGCACGCUCCUACCCAGCGGUCGUUCCGAGGCGGCGCAUCUGUUAG